AUGUCAAAAGCUGGCACCUCCACAGCCCCUGGACACGUCCUCAUUAUCGGGGCAGGAGAAUUCGGACUGGCGACGGCGCUAUCCUUGCUGUCUAAUCCCAAAUACAAACAAACCAGAAUAACCAUCGUCGACACUUCACCGGAGCUACCGAACCCAUCAGGUUCAUCCGUCGAUGCCAACCGCAUCGUGCGGGCAGACUAUGCAUCCGCGCCAUACUCGAAGCUGGCCCUGGAGGUACAGGCGCAAUGGCGCGACACGAGCAAGGACGGAUGGGGCGGUGAGGGGCGGUACCAUGAGCCUGGCUUUGUGUUGACAGCGGACGAGGGCCAAGGCGACUACGUGAAAAAGUCACUGCAGAAUGUACGAGCUUUCGCAGCGGCGAAUGGCACGGGCUGGGGCGAUGUCAACAAGAUCCAGGAGUUGAACAGUCGAGAGGAGAUCCAGAAGGCCACGGGCUACGAGGGCGUCAGUGGCGACCACGGCUACGCGAACUUCAAUUCUGGGUGGGCUGAUGCCGAGGCUUGUGUUGCUUAUGCCUUGCGGAGGGUGAGGCAGGAGGGACACGAUCGAGUCACCAUCCGGAAUGGUACGCAGGUCGAUCGGCUGCUGUUCUCGGACGAGACUGUCAUGGGAGCGCAACUGAAAGACGGCGAACAAUUAAAAGCCGACCUUAUCAUCCUUGCAGCUGGGGCUUGGAGCCCAUCGUUGAUUGACCUGCAAGGACGAUGCCUGGCCACUGGGCAAGCCGUUGCAUUUAUCGACAUCACUCAGGAAGAGCAGGAUGCCAUGGCACACCGGCCGACAGUCAUGAACAUGAGCCGGGGUAUGUUCAUUAUACCACCGCGAGACAAGAAGCUCAAGAUUGCAAGACAUGGCUACGGGUAUAGGAAUCUCGUCAAAAUUCCCAGGAAGAAGCUGCAGGCCAGCUUCAGCAAUGCGCCGGCUAGACUCGAAGACGAUGAGGUUAUCGAAGUCAGUGUUCCGGAGGUCGGCGUGCCCAUACCUCUGGAAGCAGAAGACGCAAUCCGUGAAGCAAUGGCCGUUCUCAUUCCGCACAAGAAAGCCCGACCCUUCACGCGUACGAGGAUAUGCUGGUACUGCGAUACUCCAUCCGGCGAUUUCCUCAUGGCAUACCACCCGCAAUACAAGAACCUCUUCCUUGCAACUGGAGGGUCUGGGCACGGCUUCAAGUUCUUCCCCGUGAUAGGUGACAAGAUCGUCGACGCGCUUGAGGGCAACCUGGACCCGGAGCUGGCAGAGAUUUGGCGGUGGAAGACGGAGGAGGAGUUGAAAGCCGAGACGGCUGGGCAGGAGUUUUUGGGCUGUGACGACGGAAGUCGAGCUGGCAGGAAAGGGAUGAUCUUGGCCGAGGAGGCGAAGAGAACGAGGUGA